UCUUUAUAUGAUCAAAGUCAGGGCUGCUUAUCGUUACUCAAAAGCCCGGGUGGGAGGGCUACUCGAUUCAUCAUCGAGGGGGUUUUCUUCUAUCUAGCUGAUCUUACAACACCGAAAUGACUACAGCAUUCCCAAAGCCCUCCUGGGCCUUGAAGAAGCAAGUCCUUGUUUCUUUGCCUCAGGGCGAUAGUCCUUGUUUGGCCAAGCUUUACAUUGACUACGAUGGAGAAGCUAAUCAAGGCACCGUAUCACUCAAUUUCAAAGCAAACGUACUGGCUAACUCGAAAGGCAAACUAGAGCAAUUCUCAUUGAAUAUCCCACCAAGCGCAGUCGAAAGGUACAAAGUUGUACAGCCCACCACCGAAACACUUUUUCCGGAAUCCUUUUUGGCGGAACUCCCAGCCCAGACGCAUUGUAUCUCGACGGUCGUAACACUGACACUUCAGCUGCAUGAAAUGGGUACUGUUGCUGGACCGCCUCUCAUCCAGCCCCCGGAUCAAGAAGACUCCAAUCUCGCCGCGUUUGAAAAGAUCUGCAAAUCCAGUUCACUCUAUAUACACUUUACUCAGCGACAAUUCAACAACGGUGAACUCGAUCGGCUCAAGACUUUCUUCUUCACACUAAAAGAAGGACUCCGGCCGAAGGUUUUCAACCAUGCGCGCAAAGGCAGAAUCGAGCGAGACGGCCAUGUCUUUGGGAAGAUGCUUGAUCCUCCCCCAUACUCCGAGGAUUCCGAGCCCGAACAGACGAAGAAGGGAGAGGACCUACCCUCAUACAAACACCACUUAAAAGGAGUGCACGUGGGUGGAAAACGGCGCCGAGAACCCUCGUGUUAUUCCACCGAACCCAAUACACCGAGCGUUCCAUCCCCAGUAUCGGCCUCAAUCCAGCCCACCCACUUUACGCGUGCUUCCUCCCUUGACCGCAUAGAACACGAUACCCUUGCACGUAUUGAAAAUCUGCUCCAGGGAGCCUCCGAUAAUCUCAUCCGCCACCUAUUGACUCGCCUGGGAUGCCGUUGUCAGCGGCCUACCCCUGCACCCGUAGAGAGCUGCAACCUGUCAUGCAGAUUCGAGAAAGAGCGGAUCGAUCCCAGUGUCCAAGCAUACAUCGACCGGGCGAUUGCGGCCCACUUCCAGUCGGACAACAUCCAGACGGUCUUCGAGGACAUGGUGAGCAAGGGGGUGGACCAGGUCUUCGACGCCUGUAAAAUGCACGAGACCGAGUUCCGCGAGCAGGUCGAGGAGUGUAAUAUCGAGGUCCGCAUGACAGCCAACGAGUGUGUGAAGGAGAUCCAAAAGGAGGCACAACAGUGCCUGGACGAGAUUGAUGAACAGGUGCAACAGUGCAAGGACGAUCUCAAGGUUCAGGGAGAGGAGGUCGAGAUGUCUGCGGAGGAGGCAGAAAUUGCUCGGUUACGGCGCUGGUUUGACAUCGUCUCGGCCCAGGCCCGACCCUUCGGUAGCUGCAAGUCAAGCCUUCAGGCUCGCCAUGCGCUCAGCACUGCGACUAGUAAUGCCAGACGCAGCUCCUUCUGAGGCGGUAGGUGGUUGCGUGGUGGUUCACACCAUGCUUAUGUAUGUCAUUUAGCACUGCUGUCGUGCACUGCACUUACGAUCGACCCCAUCAUUACUGCCCUGCAAUCAUCUCAGUCUGCAGAUGUUGUACUGUACCUGAGCUACUUUGUAUAUAGUGCUGAAGUGAGAGAGUAAGAUACCCACAACAAUCACAUACUGUAUUUCUCUGGCAGAGGGCAUGUGAUUACGGUAGUUCGGGAGAUAAGUUGAGGAAAUCGAUACUGAUUUUAGCCGUGCACAGUAUAGCUGGAUCGCUCAAGGAUUGCUCGGAACACGCACUUCUGUGCUC